CCUUUAUUUUUUUUUGUUAGUUCCCAAAGCGCACCGAAAUCAACGCAGAGAUAAGGAAAUCCGGCGAGCCGGCGAACAAAACCGGCGAUACUGUCUCGAAGAUAUAUAUAGUGGAAAAAUGGCGAAGCUGAGCUCGGCAAUCGACUCUGCAUUCUGGGACCAGAGGAUAGCCACCCCACGGACAAUUGAGGGCUCUGCCAAGUCGGUGCCGGGGGAUCCAUUCCCGCUCGACGGGGCUCGAGCCAGCAGAGAACUCAGAGUUCAGCAACUUUCAUUUCUCGGAAAUGGGUUUCCUUUGGGUAUCAUUCCUUCUUUCUCUCCUCCUUCGCGCAAGGAGUUGGGGUCUUUGGCUCUUCAGUCUUUCUUGUUCAGAGCUUCCAUAGAAAACUGGUGGGUUGCAACGAUUGGUCAAAUCCGCCCUAAGAAACUGGUUUCUUCAAUUAAAGAAGAGCUUUCUAAGGGGGGAGAAAGGAAGCUCCAUGUUUUUAGAGAAGCAGCAAAGUGUUUUUUGGACAAGUCUCUGUAUUCGGUUGCUCUCUGCACCCAGCUUGCCUUGUCUUCUGCCACAUCCUUAUUAUUAAGCGGAGAAUCACAUGGUGAAAAAGAGGGAUUUCGCAGCAAAUUGAUGCUUUAUCACAGGCUUCGUGAUCAUGAUCUCACACUGGAGGCUGGAUGGCCUGAGCUAUAUAUAGAUCACAAAGGAAAUUACUGGGAUGUUCCUGUGUCGAUAUCCUUAGAUAUGUCAUCAUUGGAAUCCGAUUCUGGAUUCAACUAUCGUUUUGGUAUACACCAGAACAGUGGCAACCCCCAGGCUUUUAAUUCCUUGGAUGGUGAAUCACCUUCAGCAUUAAGGCCUGGAUUGUGUGCAAAGGCUGCUUUCUCUUAUGAAAAGGGAAAGGAAUUCUGGAGGCAAGAGACAAGAUUUGAGGAUAUGGUAGUAAAGAUAGAUAAUGAUGUUUUUUUACAACCUCCAUCCUAUGAUCUUUGUCUUAGUGAACCUCAUGCCGCAAUAUCUGGUCUUGUAGGUGGCAUGUGUGCAGCCUGGUUUGGGGGAAAGAAGGGCUCCAUAAGCAUUGAAUCAGAAGGAAAGGGGGAUCUUCCUACUGUUACUAAGAAGAGAAUUCCUUUUAGUGCUGAUUUAUUUGGCUCAGUUUGCUACACUUUCCAGCAUGGGAGAUUCAGGAACAAAUAUGGUGAUCUUACUAGGGUAGAUGCUCGUCUGGACAUGUGUUCUGUUUCAGCUUUGGCCAAAAGAAUUUUCAAGGGGUCUUCAGUUAGUAAUAACAUAGCAUAUCCCAGAUUAAAUUUGAUCUUUCAACAGCAGGUUGCUGGUCCGGUUGUAGUUCGGUUAGAUUCAAAGUUUCUGCUUGGUCCCUCAUCAGGAGAGCGUGGCCCGGUUAUGGAGGAUCUGAUUUUAAGCCUUAACUACUCCUUGAGGCUUCUACGAUCUGGAAAGGUUGUUGCUUGGUAUUCACCGAAGAGGAAAGAGGGAAUGAUAGAAUUGCGCCUCUUUGAAUUCUGACAUUUUCCAGAUUUUUUGUUUGUUUUGUUUAGAACACCAAUUAAUGUACGUUUCACAUUGUUGAAUCAAUGUUAUUCUGCUAA